AUGCCGAAUUCAAGCAGCUCCACAUCUUCCACAAAGAGCAUCCGGAGAGCUGCGUCUGAACUCGAGCGCUCAGAUUCUAUUACGUCUCAGAAGUUUGUUGGGAGGCGGCAGAGUUUGAUCGAGGAUGCGCGUAAGGAGCGCGAGGCGGCGGCCGCGGCGGCGGAGGCUGCAGGACUGAGCGAGCAGAUCGUGUUUGAGGAGAGCGAUGGAAAAGCAUUGAUCAGCCUCUUCUUCACUCUCAGGUGCUCUAAAAGCCCUGCGCUGUCCCGCACCUUGAAGGUUUUCGAGACAUUUGAGGCCAAAAUCCACCAUCUUGAAACCAGACCCAGCCGAAAACCAAAGGAUGGCUUGGAGGACCUAGAAUAUUAUGUUCAGUGUGAAGUGCACCUGUCGGAUGUUAGCACGCUGGUCAGCUCUUUGAAGAGAAGUGCAGAGGAUGUCAAAACCACAAAGGAGGUCAAAUUUCAUUGGUUUCCCAGAAAAAUAGCUGAGCUUGAUAAAUGCCAUCAUCUUGUCACCAAAUAUGAUCCGGAUCUGGAUCAGGAUCACCCAGGAUUUACUGACCCUGUUUACAGAAAACGACGGAAGAUGAUCGGAGACAUUGCCUUCAAAUACAGACAUGGAGAACCAAUUCCUAGAGUGGACUAUACAGAGGAAGAAAUCGGAACAUGGCGGGAGGUCUACUCCACCCUCCGAGAUCUGUACACGACCCACGCCUGCAGUGAACAUUUAGAGGCUUUCCGGUUACUGGAGAAACAUUGCGGCUACAGCCCAGAUAACAUCCCUCAGCUGGAGGAUGUGUCCUGCUUCUUAAAAGAACGCACAGGAUUUCAGUUGAGGCCAGUGGCAGGUUUGCUCUCAGCACGCGAUUUUUUGGCCAGCCUGGCUUUUCGUGUGUUCCAGUGCACACAGUACAUACGGCACGCUUCCUCCCCCAUGCACUCCCCUGAACCGGAUUGCGUCCAUGAACUCCUCGGCCAUGUACCGAUAUUGUCUGAUCGAACAUUUGCACAGUUUUCUCAGAGUAUUGGUUUGGCAUCUCUUGGAGCUUCUGAUGAAGAUAUUGAGAAGCUAUCGACAAUGUACUGGUUCACUGUGGAGUUUGGACUGUGUAAACAGGGAGGGGUGAUUAAAGCGUAUGGAGCAGGACUGCUGUCAUCCUAUGGAGAGCUGGUGCAUUCUCUUUCAGAUGAGCCAGAGAGACGAGAAUUUGACCCAGAUAUUGUUGCUGUUCAGCCAUACCAAGACCAGACUUACCAACCUGUCUAUUUUGUGUCAGAAAGCUUUGUGGACGCUACUGAGAAACUAAGAACAUAUGUGACCCGCAUCAAGCGACCGUUUUCUGUGCGGUUCGAUCCGUACACGGACAGCAUAGAAGUGCUGGACAACCCACUGAAGAUCCAGAAAGGCCUGGAGACCAUAAAAGAUGAACUGAAGAUUCUCACAGAUGCCCUGAAUGUGUUGGCUUAA